AACACAAUCGCUGUUGCUCUCAUUUUAUAUGUGCGCAACAUUCUCCGGAUGCUGUGAUACUAUACCUCUAUCUCAUUGCACAUUCAAACAACAUUGUCUGGCAGAUCCACCAUUCCCAAAGUCAAUAGCGCACAAUGACUGAGCCUCGUGCCCUUCCCCCCGGUUCCAAGCUCUGGUUGCUUGACCUAGGGACCCUCGACAUUGAUGCCUCCUACGUUCUCUCCGGGGCAAAUGUCCCCCUACAUGGCGCUAGACCCGAGCCCCACGAGACCCGUCCCUGUGUAAUGAUAGCAGGCCUUCUCUACCAUCCCGAUGUCGGCCUCCUCCUAUUCGACACCGGGUCUCGCGAGGACGUGAUCAAGUCCUGGGACAAGGAGUUCCUGGAAUGCGCCCCUAGGACAUGGGACAAAAGCAUCCACUCCCUGCCCGCAGCGAUCAAAGCCACCGGGGCCGGAGAAAUCGGCGACGUCAAGGCCGUGAUCAUGAGUCACCUUCAUCUUGACCACGCGGGGGGAUUAGAGCAUUUUUUCGGUACCGAUGUGGAGAUCUGGUGCCAUGAAAAGGAACUCAAAAAUGCCUUCUGGGCUUCUGCCACCGGCGCCGACGCGGGUCUCUUUCUGCCUGAUUAUCUGAGAGCAGAUCUUUUGAAUUGGAAGACGGUUUCGGAGGAAAGGGCGGUGCUUUGGGACGGCGUCACUCUGCAUAGGUGCCCUGGGCAUACGGAGGGGUCUUUAGUCCUAGAGCUCACGUUGAUGUCCGGGACUGUGGUUCUGAUGGGGGAUCUUUUUCACGUCAAAGAGAACUACGAGGAUGGAAGACCGCAAGGGUUCCUUAUGAGGAACUACAAUCAAUGGUUCCGAAGUCGCGAGUACGUGAGAAGAUUGGUCAAGCAGACGAACGCGAAAGUUUGCCUCGGUCACGAGAGAAUGUACUUUGAUAUGUUCGAGAAAAGCCCGAGGUUUUUGGCUUAGCUAGCUUGCGGACCUUUGCAUAUUCAAAUCGGUUGUAAGUUAUGGCGGAAGUUUU